AUGCGGGCAGUUACCGAACGUAAUGAAAAAAAUAAAGACAAUGAGUUGGCUAAGGGUGACCAUAAUGACGAAAAAGAUUCAAUUCCAAGUUAUUUAAAACUUUUUAUACAUGAUCAAGCCGAAGAAGUGGAUGAUGCAUAUGGCAUACUUUCUAACAGAGAUGCUUUGUUGGGUGGAUCUCGAUUUGCUGAAGAUGCUACGUAUCCUGAGCAAUCCGCAUUCAAGGUGGCUUCUCAAAUGGCAUACCUCAUCCGCGGUAGAGAAAAUGACGAAGGCUGUGAACUUUCAGUUGCUGCAUGCGAUUUUUACACUUCCAUGUGGCCACAAAUUGAUGGCCUUUGCGAUCUGUUUUUCGUAAAAUGUUUAGUGGAAGUAGCCGGUUUAAUUUGCCGUAAUUACACGGAAACAAGUAUUUUCCAAUAUGCAGCUGAUCUGUGUGAUAAUGUAUCUGACUUUUGCAGUCAAAAUCGAGAGGCAGUAAUCGCAUUCUGCUGGUCGCAUCUUUAUCAACGAUUUGGAGAAAGUUCAAUGGAGGGUGCAGCUCCAAAAUCGAAAUUUAGCAAAAUAAUUGAAUUUUUAAUUUAA